AUCGCUUUCUCCUUUUUGGUGUCAGUCUGUGCCGACACCCUGUCUGGUACUUUAAAAUCACUGCUGCCCGAGCUCGGUCUGGAUCGGCUCCCCUGAAAGAAUUCCGCAGUGCUACUGAGUCACAACCGCAGAGUCACAAUGAGCGAGUUCAAUGAGAAAAAGGAGACCUGCGGCACUAUUUGCCUGAAAUACCUGCUUUUCACCUUUAACUUUUUCUUCUGGUUGGCAGGCCUGGCAGUAAUGGCCGUGGGGAUCUGGACACUGAUCCAGAAAAGCGAUUACAUUAGUCUUCUGCCUUCCAACACUUAUGCAGCCACCGCCUACAUUCUGGUCAUUGCCGGAGCUAUCGUUAUGGUAACAGGCAUCCUGGGAUGUUGUGCCACUUUCAAGGAGAGAAAAAGUCUGCUCAAAGUGUAUUUUAUCCUGUUGUUGUGCAUCUUUAUCCUAGAGGUCCUGGCAGGAAUUCUGGCCUAUAUUUACUACCAGCAGCUGAAUACAGAGCUCAAGCAGAGCCUCAAGCAAACUAUGACCACAAAGUACAAACAGCCGGGAGAGGAGAAAGUGACCAAUGCUGUUGACAAACUGCAGCAAGAGUUCAAGUGCUGCGGCAGUAAUAAUUCUGACGACUGGAGGGAUAGCAUGUGGAUUAACUCUCCUGAGGCUGAAAAGCGCUUAGUUCCCGACAGCUGCUGCAAGACGGUUACUCAGCGUUGUGGAGUUCGGGAUCACCCAUCCAAUAUCUACAAGGUGGAGGGUGGCUGUAUCACCAAGCUUGAAAGCUUUAUUCGGGCUCAUCUGCUAAUCAUAGGCGCCGUGGGGAUUGGCAUUGCCUGUGUUCAGCUUUUUGGUAUGAUUUUCACCUGCUGCCUGUACAGGAGCCUAAAGUCGGAGCCAUAUUGAGAACACUUAAGACUUGUUGCUUUUUUCCCUGCUGACAACACAUCCUGCUGCCUUAAAACACAUCCCUGGCACUGAGGCCUAUCUUGGUCCCUUUGUAAUGGCAGAUUACGUCAUUAUUAACAUUCAGCAUUUCAUAACACAUGCACUGUGUGGAACCUUUGGAUCACUGUUGUUUUUAUCCCAUGAUAUUAUCAGCCUGUGACUGUAUCCAGUGCCAAACAAGAACAUAACCAAGUCCCCAUGUUAGAGACUGCAAAACAAGACAAACCCUUCCUCUGCUUACUAACAUUUGCUGAUAUUAGCAUCCAUAUUUAGAGAUAUUUCCUCUCCAGACUAUUUUAAAAAAGACAUGUGGAAGUUGCACCAAAUGAUAAUCUCCAGGUAGCAACUCCCUGUCCUACCCUAUGACUGAUCUUCGGUCCUUCUUUUCAAUCCAGAUGACUUGGUAUUCUUCAAGAGGAGCUUCAAGAAUGGGCAUUGGCCAUAAUUUGCAAUGGCAUUGUCUGGUAAACAUCCCAUGCAAGAAAAUCAGUUACUAUUUGGCAAAUUGAUGGAAAAAUGCACAUUAACUUACAGUAUUUUUAUAUAGUGAACCGAUAUAGAAGAGCGGGAGUGGUUUGGUGUUUCCAAUAACUUAGUUGGGUUAUUAAGAAAAUGCAGAAGUGUUCUAUAAAUCAUCUCCUGUUUAGCACACUUGCCCUUUUAAGACCCAGGUGGUACACUAUUUCCAUGACAUUUUAUAACUCAGUUUUACUGCACCCUGCUGCAAAGUAUUUAAACAGUCUUAUCCCCAUUAGGGCCCUCUUUACUCUUGGGUAUCCAGCAGUAUCUGGGUGUGCUCUCCCUCUAGUCAUAAGCCUGGUUAUAGGCAUAUAUUGCAAUGGUUGUAAUCAAUUUUUAAU